AUGGGGGACGCGUUCAGGGAGUGCACAGCCAGGCUGCUGAUGGACUACCUGGAGUACUGCGCCCGCGAGCCCAGCACCCCCGUGCUGCCCGUGGCCGCCUGGAAACAGAACACCAACCUGCCCUUCUUGUCGCAGUACCGCGGCUUCCGCGGGAACCGCGUCGAGCUGCUGGGUUGGAUGGCGCAGGAGCUACUCGCUAACAACCGUGGCGGCCCCAGCUGGGGCCGCGUUGCAGCGCUCGUGACCUUCGCGGGGACGCUGCUGGAGAGGCCGCCGCUGGGGGCCCGUAGGCGGAAGAAGACGGAGAAUGAAGACGUUAGCAGAGACUGCCGGUUCCUGGUGGCCUUGCUGUGUGCUCAGCUCUGACGGCACCGCGCUUGGCUGAUGGCGAACGGCGGCUGGGAUGGAUUUUGUCUCUUCUUCCAACGCUCAUUGCAGCCAUCUUGGGAAAGACAGCUGUCAACCCAUCGCCUGAAGUAG